AUCCAAUUCAUUAUUAGAUCACAAAUAUAUAAUAAAAGUCAUAUAUAAAAAUAUAUUUAUUCACAUCUAUUAUAUGUAAUAUUACUAAUAUUUCCUUCUCUUCAUAUGAUUAUUAUUCUGUGCGAUAAGACGUCAACUAUUGGAUGCCAUUCCCGGUCAGACUCGUGGAGCCUCUUCUCUGCGCGCUAUUAAACAAUACGACAACACAUUUGAAUAUAAAAAAUUGUUUUCAUUCACUACUCUAUCGUCGAUACAAACGAUUUCCUACUUCUCCUUCUCUUCUUACGAUACCAUCAGUUGAAAGCUAUUCAACAGAAUAUUCUGUUAUAAGAGAUGUCAGAAUUAUGACAUUACAGUAAUUUAAUCCCACAAUUAAGUGUUAGAAUCAUUUCCCGAAUAUUUAUACACAAUUUGUAGCCUAAUUUGUGUUUCCCUUACUCUCUCGACGGUUCAAUUCAAUUCAGUUAUUGUCGUAAUCAUUGAGUUUGCAAACAAAUCGUUGUGAUUGUAAUGAAACUGUUGGACGUGACGUCUGUGCCGGACUGGUAUGGAGACAAUAAAUUCAUACGCCAUGGCUUUCGGCCGCCGAAGCCGUGCUUUAAAUACUGUAUCAAAUCUUCGGUCUUGAAUUUCCACAACGAAUCGGGAAAUAUCUUCAGCCAUUUGAUUGGCGCCCUAUUCUUCGCGUUCUUGUGGUACCGAUCCAUGAGUUGUAAUGUCUAUCAGAACUUCUCGCUCAUCGAUAAACUGAUAUUCAGCGCCUUCUUCUUCGGUAUAAUUAUAUGUCUGUUAUUAUCGACACUUUUCCAUACAUUCCGAUGCCAUUCCCGGCGAGUGCUCAAACUCUUUGCUAAACUAGACUACUGUGGGAUCACCUUGCUGAUCGCCGCAUCGUUUGUGCCCUGGAUUUACUACGGCUUCUACUAUCUGCCGACUCAACGCAAUCUAUACCUCACUUCAACGAUAUUCCUAUGUAUGGUAUGCUUUGUGUUAUCGCUUUUCGACAAAUUCAGUGAACCAGAGCUGAGGAAAAUCCGUUCCUGUGUUUUCCUACUCAAUGGAUGUUCGGCUAUAUUCCCGUGCUUUCAUCUCUACCUUCAGCUGUAUAUGUUUGGCCCGACGGCCGCUCCGCUGGCUUUCAAGUCGAUUCUGUUGCUGAUACUGAUGGGCACUCUGUAUAUAAUCGGCGCCCUAUGCUAUAUGUUUAAGAUCCCGGAGCGUCUGUGUCCGGGCAAGUUUGACCUGUGGUUCCACUCGCACCAGAUUUUCCACACUCUGGUCAUUGUCGCGGGUCUGAUGUACUUUCACAGCUUGUCUCUCAUGGCUGAGGCCCGACUCAAUCAGCGAAUGCAUCAAAACAACGAUUUGACUUUUCUUACCACCGAUUGAUCUCUUGUUAUAUUAUUUAUUUGAAUCAUAAACUAUUAAAUCGUAUGUUUUAAUAGCAAUUGUAUUGUAUAU